CGGUAACACUUCGGUCGUAUGAUGAAUCGUAUUCAUACACAGAUUUGACAUUUGGGGAUUUGUCUUGUCUUGUCCAUUUGUCACAUUUUAAUUUAUUAGCUGUAAACAUGUCAUCUGCUACAUUGCCCUUAUUAGAGGAUGACACAGUCGCGUUUGGUAAUGAUUUGGACGGUAUCGGCGCUAAAGGGACCCUGGAACACCCCUAUGUAACGUUUUUCCACUUAGCCUUUCGGGGGGCCUCUAUAGUAACAUAUAUGUUGUGUGAAUGGUUCAGUGAUAGUUUUAUCACAAGCUUUGUAACAGUAGUUUUAUUAUUGUCAAUGGAUUUUUGGACAGUCAAAAACAUAACAGGACGUUUGAUGGUUGGCUUGCGAUGGUGGAACUAUGUGGAUGAUGACGGAAAGUCACACUGGGUCUUUGAAUCACGAAAGGGCCAAUUGCAGAAUCGUAUAAAUGAGAAAGAGGCGAGAAUAUUUUGGAUGGCUCUGAUUUUAACUCCACUGCUGUGGGUGGUAUUUUUUUUAAUUGCUUUGUUUCGUUUAAAACUAAAGUGGAUGCUACUCGUAAUGAUAUCGUUGGUACUUAAUGGGGCUAAUUUGUAUGGGUAUUUUAAAUGUAAAGUGGGUUCAAAUGAAAGCAUAAGUUCAGCAACUACAAAUUUUCUUAGGAAACAAGUUUUGCAAAACGCUGUGUCACUUGUCACACGUGAGGCUACGGCACCUCAGGCAAAUCCUAUGAGUCAGCCCUCUAACACUAUUUAAUAAAUUCUUAUUUAUAUAAAUAAAAGUAUUGUGAUAAUUAAACUAAAUUCCAAACCUA